AAUCAUUAAGCUAUAUAACUAACUAACCAAUUUAUUGAAGCAAGAACAUCACCAAAAUCCUUACUUCCUAACCAUCAAUGGAGUUCAGGGGAACGAUGAUGAAGGCAGCUUGUAUUUUCUUGGUGGCAAUAGCGUUGAUAUCAUCUUUAGCGACGACUGGCGCCGUGGCGGAUGGGAUCGAGUCGUCGCCGAGAGUUAUAACGUGCAGGCGCGGGGAGCUUCCGACGAAGCUGGCGAUGUUGUGUUGGAAGGCGAUCUUCGAGGUGCCCUUCUGCGUGUUCGAGAUAGUUAAAGUGUACGAAGGUGGGUCGGUGUUCGACAUCGGGAAGCCUUGCUGCCGGGCGUUCGUCGACCUCUCCGACGACUGCAGGAUCGAGGUGUUCCAGCACUCCAAGUUUUUCCCCGUCAUUGAGGGCUUCUGUAAAGCCGUUAUCGGCGCCGGACCUAUCGGCGGCGGUGGCGUCGUCCGAGCUCCGCCUCCACAUCAUCAUUCCGGUUGAUGGGUCAAGAGAGCGAUUAAUUAGGUGGUUAUUAGCGUGAAUAAUUAAGGUGUGGAAAAAGAGAGAUGGAGAAAUCAGAAAUGUGUUGACUCACUUCUUGUAAAAUUAUUUACAAAAUUCAAUAUGUAUGAGUAUAUAUAAUAGCUCCUUCUUCUGAUCAAUAUCUCUAUAAGCUCUUUGUUUUCAGUGAAAGAUUUUCAAAUAAUUUCUAAUGUUAAAUGUUGAUAUAAACACAUAAUAUGAGGAGCAUGUAUGCAUGGUAAUAGUCUAAUUAUAGUGAAUUAGCUUUUCUAUUAACUUGAAAAAAGUAUAGCGUGUAUUCGUGAAUAUUUGCCGAUUCUAAAAGUGUUUAAAUGUCAUAUAAAAGUAAGGAUUUUGC